CAAUAUUAUUUUACUCUACAAAUCGAAACAAACAUAACCCAACUUCUUGUCUCUGCCAUGACAGAGGUCCUCCAUUCUCCACCUUCUCCUUCGUUACAAACUCACAAUGACACGCCAUUGUUUCAGUAUGUAAAUCAAGAAUCGGAAGAAUUACAAGAAGGGGUUUCUAGGGUUACGAAUUGCGAUGACGAAUUGAAGGUUCGAAGAGAAAGGGAUAAUCAACAGUUGUCGUUAUUGGCACUUCUGUUGACCCUUCUCAGAAAAUCUUUCUGGGUUGCUUCUUCUUGCAAGACUACGGCUGCAGAAGAGAAGCAGGAUCUUUCUGGUAUGGAGAUUGGAUGGCCCACUAAUGUGCGCCAUGUGGCGCAUGUUACUUUUGAUAGAUUUAAUGGGUUCUUGGGUCUGCCUGUCGAAUUUGAGCCUGAAGUGCCAAGAAGAGCCCCUAGUGCAAGUGCUACGGUAUUUGGAGUUUCGACACAAUCAAUGCAGUUAUCCCACGACUUCAGAGGAAACAGUAUCCCCACGAUACUCUUGCUCAUGCAGCAACGCUUGUAUAGUCAGGGCGGCUUGCAGGCGGAAGGCGUAUUUCGAAUCAAUGCGGAGAACGGGCAGGAAGAACAUUUGAGGAAUCAGUUGAACAGUGGAGUGGUUCCAGAUGGUAUUGAUGUACAUUGUUUAGCAGGACUUAUUAAGGCUUGGUUUAGAGAACUGCCUACCGGAGUUUUGGAUCCACUUUCACCGGAGCAGGUAAUGCAAUGUGAAUCGGAGGAAGAUUGUGCUGCCCUGAUCAGGCUUCUGCCGCUGACGGAAGCUGCAUUGCUCGAUUGGGCCGUUAACCUGAUGGCGGAUGUUGUCCAACAGGAACAUUUUAAUAAGAUGAAUUCACACAACAUUGCCAUGGUUUUCGCCCCAAAUAUGACACAGAUGGCAGAUCCGUUGACAGCGUUGAUGUAUGCUGUCCAAGUAAUGAACUUUCUGAAAACCCUCGUGACCAAGACUCUUCGUGAACGAGAAGAUUCAGUUAUGGAACCAUCUCCUGUUCCUAGACAAGAGCCGUCGGAUGAGAACGGCCACCACGGGCCACCACAUCUCUGCCACAGCGGUGGUGGAAGCGAAAACAGAGAGGACCAAUUCAUCAAUGAAGAUUCCAGUGGUUCUGACUCCAUUCUGUUAGAUAACAUAACCGACGAUGAUCACUUAAGCUACUCAACUUCUACGGAAGAAUAUGAUGGACCCGGGUUCUGCGAAACACCGGUUCAAACCUGGCAUGUUUGUAGAACCACCCAAUUGAGUGGGUGCGAUAAAAGCCAAGGAUUGGCACUGGUGGUGGAACCUGUUGUGGAAAGGAGCAAGGGGAUAAGCAACCUGAGCUCAAUAAACUCACAGAUGGAGAGGAUUGGCGUUUGGCUGUGACCGGAGAGUGGCGAUGGUUGGCGGAAUACGACAGGUAAGACAAGCAUUCUGUGUCGACAUUAGAUGUUGAAAAUUGAUAAGCUGUGAUUGUUUUUUGGGUUUGUGAAGGAUGGUUUUGUAUGAAUUUGUUCUGGUUAAUCUCAAUGAUGUUUGUUUGUUUUA